AUGGUACUUCAGUACUGUGAGAAAUUUGCUUCCUGUCUGGAAUGUGAUCUAGCUCUCAACCUGGUUGGCCAGCACUUGGUCAGGCAGCUGGUCGUGAAAGGGGUCAGGGAGUUUGUGCAAAACCAGGCUCCCGUGAAGCCUCUGGUGAUGUCGUUCCACGGCUGGACCGGCACGGGCAAAACCUACGUCAGCUCUCUCCUGAUCCGCUACCUCUUUCGAGGCGGGCCCCUCAGCCCGUACGUCCACCAGUUCUCCCCAGUGGUUCACUUCCCUCACGCAGAACAUGUUGAACAGUAUAAGAAGGACCUGAGAAGUUGGAUCCAUGGGAAUUUGACCCGUUGUGGCCGGUCGCUCUUUCUCUUUGACGAGAUGGAUAAGAUGCACCCAGGCUUGAUUGAUGUGAUUAUUCCAUUUCUGGGACCCUCUUGGGUUGUGUAUGGGACCAACUAUAGGAAAGCAAUCUUCAUAUUUACUAGCAAUGCUGGCGGGGAGCAGAUUAACCGAAUGACUCUGGACCUCUGGCGGAUCCGCAGAGACCGAGAGGAGAUCGUCCUUCAGGAUCUAGAAGCGUCUGUUCUGGAAGCUGUUUUUGAAAACCCCCAAAAUGGAUUCUGGAAAUCUGGAAUAAUUGAGCAACACCUGAUUGACCUCCUGGUUCCUUUCCUUCCCCUGAGGAAGCACCACGUGAAGCAGUGCGUGGCCAAUGAGAUGGCCAACCAAGGCCUGCAGGCCCCACCUGGCGUCAUCCAGGCAGUUGCUGAGAGCGUCACCUACUUCCCAGAAGAGGACAGAGUGUUCUCGUCCACGGGUUGCAAAACCCUGGCUUCACGUAUCCCUUUCUUCCUCUGACCAGUCUGGAGGCGCUUCUUUCAGAAAUCGAGUUUCUUGCCUGCUCAUAAGUUUGCUUAGAACAAAUGGAUGUAAUUUUUUGAUUCUGAACAUUCAGCCCAAAGACUGCCUCUCUGGUCAUCGAGUUCUGCGCUGUAGGACUUUCCAGAGCAAAGAGCAACAUUGACUUGAUGAGGAAAAGAAAACGCACUUUACGAAGUUUGUACUCUGCCCUGAGCCCUGUGGUGUCUCAGAACGGAAUCUUGGCUGCUUUUAUAGCAUUUUAUAGUCACCCUACCCCCCGACAGCUGUCAGAUUUUGAUUCCUUACUGCAGCACAACUGACUUGAUUUUUUUCUCCCUGGACUCUGAAAUCUUACUUUCGCAUUUUAAAAUAGCAUUUUUAGAAACACACACACACACUGUGACAACAAUAGUGCGCUAAAGCCUACUGUCUACUUUGGGAUGUAACCUGGAAUGCCUUUAAAUAUACGGGUUAGACUCUCUGGGAUAAACUUAACACGGUUGCCUUCCGGGUUUAUAUUCCUCGUUGUCAUUAGGUGCUAUCAGAGGAUGUUUUCAACGGCAGCUGCCUUUCGUCAUGAGAAAAUAAAACCAGCUCUGUCGGCCAGUGACGGGGCUGGCCUAGGAAUAGACCUGUCACUGGACUGGGAUUCUGGUGCCUCUGUGUGAAAAGUCAGACAAGAUCUCUUUGGCGUUCCCUUUACUGCGCCAGAAAGAACUGGGUCUUCUGUUCCCACUUUGCCACCUCUAUGUUCCUGAGGGGCCCACAAGUCAGGAAAGGUGCUGAGGUGUUACUUUGCUGUGCGGUGGACCAGAGAAAAUCGCGUGUCUCAAGCUCCUCUUAGAAGGCUGGACUGUGCUGCGGUGCAGCUGGUUUGGGAGCCAGUGUGCAGAUAACCCUGCAGUGCACAGUCUGGUGUCAUUUAAUGGUUGGCAGAAAAUGUCCUUGAUCUUCUCCCUUGGUAAAAGCUGUUGGAACAGACUGACAUCUCCUUGUGGGCGUACAGGGGAAGAGGUGUGUGUGUCCUGUACUUAUAAGACUUUCUGACAGUAUUUUUGCUGGAUGGGGUGAGGAUCCUUUGGAAGCUUUGGCCAAAAUUCCCGUGCAAACCCCUGUACCUGCUCAUGAAAUGUGAUGGGUCAACU